UUUCUCAGGGAUGACAUCAGCACUUGGGUUUGGCAGUCGGAUUCAAUGAGAGUAAUAACACAGAGUAGAGACAGCUACAGACUGAAGGGGGAAGGAGAGAGGCAGCAGCUAGAGACAGCACAGCAGGUUAAAAGAUGGAGCUCAGAGUGGGAAAUAAGUACAGACUGGGCAGGAAGAUCGGAAGCGGCUCCUUUGGAGACAUCUAUUUAGGUGCAAAUAUUGCCACCGGCGAGGAGGUCGCCAUUAAGCUGGAAUGUGUGAAGACAAAGCACCCUCAGUUGCAUAUUGAGAGUAAAUUUUACAAGAUGAUGCAAGGAGGAGUGGGAAUUCCUUCAAUCAAGUGGUGUGGGGCCGAGGGGGAUUACAAUGUGAUGGUGAUGGAAUUACUUGGCCCCAGCCUAGAAGACCUUUUUAACUUUUGUUCCCGCAAGUUCAGCCUGAAGACAGUGCUACUCCUGGCAGAUCAGAUGAUAAGUCGCAUUGAAUACAUUCAUUCCAAGAACUUCAUUCAUCGGGAUGUUAAACCAGACAACUUUCUGAUGGGGCUUGGAAAGAAGGGGAAUUUGGUGUAUAUCAUUGAUUUCGGCCUAGCCAAGAAAUACCGAGAUGCUCGGACGCAUCAACACAUACCCUACCGAGAAAACAAGAACCUGACAGGGACUGCUAGAUAUGCAUCUAUAAAUACCCAUCUGGGCAUAGAACAAAGUCGUCGGGAUGACUUGGAGAGUUUGGGAUAUGUUCUUAUGUACUUUAACCUCGGGUCGCUGCCCUGGCAGGGAUUGAAAGCUGCAACCAAACGGCAGAAAUACGAACGGAUCAGUGAGAAGAAAAUGUCAACCCCUAUUGAGGUCCUCUGCAAAGGCUACCCCUCCGAGUUCUCCACGUAUUUGAAUUUCUGCCGUUCCCUGCGAUUUGACGACAAGCCGGACUAUUCCUACCUGAGGCAGCUGUUCCGUAACCUCUUCCAUCGACAAGGGUUUUCAUAUGACUACGUGUUCGACUGGAACAUGCUCAAAUUUGGCGCAGCUCGGAAUCCAGAAGAUAUGGACAGGGAAAGAAGGGAACAUGAUCGAGAAGAGAGAAUGGGACAACUUAGAGGUUCCACCACUCGAGUGUUACCUCCCGGCCCUCCAGCAGGUGCAGCACCUAAUCGGUUAAGGAAUGGCGGAGACCCCGUAGCCUCCACACCAGCCUCAAGGAUUCAGCAGAGUGGUAACACGUCUCCUCGGGCAAUCUCACGGGUGGACAGAGAACGCAAGGUCAGCAUGAGGUUACAUCGGGGAGCCCCAGCAAACGUCUCUUCCUCUGAUCUCACAGGGCGACAAGAAGUGUCACGGAUUUCAGCAUCACAGGCCAGCGUACCGUUUGACCAUCUUGGAAAAUGAAGGCUGUCACUGGACCAAUGUUUGCUUAGUGUCUUCACUGUAUUUCAUUUUUUCUUUUAAAGAUUAAAAUUUUUUUUAAACUUUUAUUUUCUGCCAAUGAAGAGAGCCAUGCCGAAGAUGCUGGUUCCAGCGCAGACGCAAGAACUUCGAGGAGGGAUUUGCCUCGCCCCUUUCCUUCCAGACAUACUUGGCAGUCCAGGACAGCAGAAGUUCUCCCUGCUUCUUCUAAACUGAACACUACAUAUAGAUAUAUACUGUAUAUAUUCUUUUUAUUUUUUAGCUUACCUCCCCAAACCAACCCCUCCCCCCAAAAAAAACUUUAACUUUACAUUUUUUCUAAAUGUAAGAUUUUAGCUGUACAUUUUUCUUUUUUUUUUUUUUCUCCUAUAAUCUUUAAAGAUGCGAAAGUUAGCGAGGAAAGAAGACUUGUCACCAAUACAGGACUGAAGCCUUUCCUAGGUAUGGGAGCCUGGGUUGGGCCCGAUUUUCCCCCUUCCAGUCUUCUCUAACUCGAUAAUGGAAGAGAUAGAUGGGGCGUUACUGUCCCCAAAGAUCUGGAGAGGGGCAGUAUGGCUGCCUAAUACCCCACCCUGAUCCACAGUGGAGGCCUAGCUUGCUUUUAGUAUGCGCCUGCUCCAAAGAACCGUGCAGAAUUUUGGGGAAAAGGUGGAGUCGUCUGAACGGUGAGCGAUGCCAGGUCUUACUGACCUUUUUAUUUAUAGGUUAAUAGUAUUUUAGUAGUAGGUUUAUUGUUGGGUAUCUCCCACUGUGGCUGCUAGUGGCUUGUGGUCUAAAUCUUUUGAAAAAAAAAAAAAAAGACGAAAAAAACACCCCAACGCCCAUCAUUCUGCACCUCUCCCCCCACCCUUCUGCGGUGACAAGAGAUUAAGAUGGCUGCUUUUUGUGACUUUCCUGAUGAAGACUGUGAAGGUGCAUACGAUAUUUAGCGAGGGUUGUAAAUGGUUGGGAUGGUCCAGAUGGUGGGAAUACCGAAUGUUCCAGCUCCUAUUUCUCACAGUGUCCUGGCCAGUCUCCGCCACCAGAUGGCGCCAUGUAACUAGUCCUCUUACACACCCUCCAAACUGUUUCAAUAUUUAACAAUGUUUGUUUGUUUUUUGUUUUUUUCCUAAUUUAUUUACUAUCUAUUUACGUUUUUUUCUUUUUUUAUUUGUGGUAAUUUUUAUUACUUUAUCAUUUUAAAAAAAUGCAAGAAAAAAUACAAAUAUCCAGAUUUGGGGGGGGGGAGGGGAAAAC